UUUAUUAUUACUGUCGCCGCACAUGUUACAUUACGGAGGCCCGAAGAAGUUUCUCUGACACGCUGAUGUUCGCCGCAAUUUUAGACCACGUGGUAGGAUACCAGGGAUAUGCGUUUCAUAUAUCAGGAUGAUUGAUUGACACUUCUGUUCAAUAGGACAACUCAUACGACCGGAUGCUGUUCAUCGUCCUGGAGACACGCCGACAAAACUUCGCCAACGACGAAUUGAGAUUCUCAAAGAGGUUAGGUGACCGGCCAAAUGGUACUUCAUGAUUCCAAAUAUAUCGUAAAGUAUUAAGUGACAAUUUUCAUAGUGACAUGUGUAUAACAUGAGUAUUUUCUUUAUCGAAAAGUUGUAGGAAGAAAGAAGAUUUGUAGAUUUAAGAUUUUUAUGUUAGAUUUGACAAAAAGUAGUUUUUUCAAAAACUGAGAUGGCGGAUCAGAAGUUGUUUUCGGAGCACAUAUACAGCACCAAAUUUCAAGAAGAAUUCAAAAAGCACUGGCACUCCCAUCGCGAUUUUAUGGACGCCAAUCUGGAAAUCAUAUCGAAACCUUUCAAAGUAUGUAGGAUAUCAAAUUUCUUAAGAGACAAGAAGAUCCUAGAGAACUUAAAAAGCGAAUUGAAGCGUCACGAUCAUACGCGCAAAGUCCUUGAUCUCUAUCAGUUUGAGAAGACCGAGGAUCUGCUCUAUUCCACUGAUAAGUAUAUCCGAAUGCUGAGCAGAUCUUUUCAAAAAGAUCUGAGGUCAUGGAUGAGUCGCAAUACAAACAUUGAGCUAAAUGAAAAGAUCUUGAUGUCAAGCGCUUGUUACCGUAAUACCGACCGUUUAUUAUGUCACGAUGAUAACAUGAUUGAUAGAAGAAUCGCUUACAUAUUAUAUCUGACCGAUGAUUGGUCAGAGGAAGAUGGUGGUGCUUUAGAUCUUUUCGAUGUGGACGAAGAAGGCUUGCCUAGGAAGGUAGUAAAAUCAUUAAUUCCAGAAUAUAACUCUCUCGUGUUCUUCGAAGUAGUGGAAAAUUCCUAUCAUCAAGUAGCCGAGGUAUUGGCGCACGACAAGUGUAGGUGGUCGAUCAAUGGGUGGUUUCACGGCCCGUUGAAAAAGGAUUUCCAUAAGCCGCCUAGACGCGAACCAGCCAAGACUUUUCUAGAACCGAGUCCUACCGAAGUGAAUUUGCAUUCCUCGAUUUCCAGUGAUUACCUGGAACCUAAUAUAAUUGAACAAAUUCAAGAGGAUGUUGAGAUGACAUCUUACACGUUUCUUAAAAACUUCUUGAAGGAAUCUGUGUACCAGCAAAUUGCGAACGAUUUAACAUCGCAGGAUAUCAACUGGCGGAUGAUCGGCCCGGCGGAUAUACGUCAUUACGAGAUAGCUGAUGAGCAAACCCUGCCGAAACCAUUAAAAGAUAUCUGUGAUCUAUUUAAAUCUAUCUCCUUCUUUCAAUUGUUGAAGAAGUAUACAGGACUCGAUUUAGUACCUGAGAAAACAAAAAAACCUAAGAUGACGUUAGAAUUACAGAGGUGGUCGUCGGGUUGCUAUACCUUACUGUAUGAUAAAUCGUUAUUGAAAGAUACUUCGGACGAUUUAACGCAAGCAUUGAUCUCAGAUUUCUCGACCAGUGAGGUCAACCCAGACACAAAUAAAACGCGUCAAGAAUUAAAAAGGGGACGAAUCGACGAUCUUCCUUCCCCAGGAAAUUCAUCCGAUAAAAGAAAGAUAGCCAGGUAUCUUGAUAGUCAAUCAGAUGUUGGUACGCAUUCGAGUAAACACGAGCAUAGCGUGGACGUAGAUGAAACUUCCUCGUCUUCAGAUGAGAAGUUGUCUCGUAGUGACACACUGGCCAAUGACAGCGAGGAUGAUUGUGCCAGUGAGAACGGCGAGUUUUUGCUUGAUGUGAUAAUACAGUUCCAUACACAAGAUGUCAAAGGCACGCUAAAGACAGAAGAAACGAUGGAUUUUGUGGAUCCUGGUGCGGAGGAAGGUAUUAUGAUUGAAAUUCCAAUGCAAGAUAAUCAUCUUUGUCUAGUCUAUAGAUCAGCCAUGGUAUGUCGUCUUCAAAAAUACUUGAAUCAUUUCUAUGAUGGCUAUUCUUACACUUUCAUAUGUACAUACCACGAGUAG